GCAACUUAGGACGAACGAAAUGAGCUGCCCCAGAGCUGCUACAAAAUGCUGGAUGGACACCUUCUCCUGGGAUGGUUAUCAUUUACCAUUAUAGUGCAUCUUAUCAGCUUGCCUGGACCGAGCACAGCUUACUUCGGGCUGACAGGUAAUGAACCCCUGUCCAUUCUGCCACUGACCUCACAGCCAGACGAAAGGGCAGGCAAGGCACACUACAAGCUGUGUGAUCGACUCAAACUGGAGAAAAAACAGCGCAGAAUGUGCAGACGGGACCCUGGAGUGGCUGAAACUCUCAUGGAGGCCAUUAGCAUGAGUGCCUUGGAGUGCCAGUACCAGUUCCGCUUUGAGAGAUGGAACUGCACCUUGGAGGGCCGCUUCAGGGCUCACAUUUUAAAGAGAGGCUUCAAAGAGACGGCAUUCCUCUAUGCCAUCUCUUCAGCAGGCCUGACCCACGCCAUGGCCAAAGCCUGCAGCGCUGGACGCAUGGAGCGCUGCACCUGUGAUGAGGCUCCUGACCUGGAGAACCGCAAGGCUUGGCAGUGGGGUGGCUGUGGAGACAACCUCAAGUACAGCAACAAAUUUGUCAAAGACUUCUUGGGUAAGAGGUCCAACAAGGACCUCCGCGCCCGGAUAGACAUGCACAACAGCAAUGUAGGAAUGAAGGUCAUCAAGGCUGGGGUGGAGACCACCUGUAAGUGCCACGGAGUUUCAGGUUCGUGUACCGUGCAAACAUGCUGGAGGCAGCUGGCACCCUUUCAUGAAAUUGGUAAGCAGCUCAAACAGCGUUACGAGACGUCAGUCAAAGUUGCCAGCUCCACCAAUGAGGCAACUGGGGAGGGGGAAAUCUCCCAGACCCGAUCCCAGGGGCAACAGUCCCUUCCAGGCCCUCGACCGGACCUCAUUCCCCGCACCCCCGAUCUUCUUCACAUUGAGGACUCGCCGAAUUUUUGCAAGCUUAGCAAAUAUUCAGCAGGCACCUCGACCCGCAAAUGCUACAAGGAUAAGAACUGCGAGGCCAUCUGCUGUGGCAGGGGGCACAACACUCAGAGCCGAGUGGUGACGAGACCGUGCCAGUGCCAGGUGCGCUGGUGCUGCUAUGUUGAAUGCAAACAGUGCACACAAAGAGAAGAGGUUUACACCUGUAAGGAGUAAAAACCAUCACAAUCAUGCAGAAUAUCUUUCACCAGUCUAGGAACAGUGGAGAGAAAUGAAUGAGUGGAAGCCAAAAAGAAAGAAGAAGUGAAAACUUUAGGUGGAUUCCCUUGUCCUAGUUUGGGGAAAGGUCUCAAAGGCAUCAAAUUAGUCUAAAAAAAGAUGAAAGCACUUUUUGAGGGGUUUUGCAGGGCGUAUUAUUUUAUUAUUAUUAUGUUUUUUUUUUCUGUUUUCCAUGUGGAGCAGUGUGAAAGCUGUGUACUAUACCAAGCCUAAGGAAAUGGUCUACAGUUUUAAGCGACACUUUGGAACUAAAUAAAACAUUUCACAGAGUAAUUUGUCUGCCAAAAUAUCAAUCAGCUGCAAAGUCCAGUCUUGAACAGACAAUUAUUGGUCCAAUGAUUUGAAUAAUAGCUUGAAAUGUCUCAAGCCGUAUGUGUAAAAGUAUGUGAUUCUAUGUGACUUAAUUCCAAAUGAUUUAAUUUGGAGAUGGAAUUUGCAAUGACAAAAUGAUGUCAGAUUUAUCCUACAUGCACAUGUAUUCUACACCCACACAAGAGUGUGUAUGCAUAUGUACAUAGAUUAAAUUACAUUAUAAUUCUAUUAUAUACAUAGAUAAAAUUACAUUAUAAUUCUAUUAUGUACACCACUUAUCUAAGUUUGUUAAAUAACCACUAACCACACAAAUGUUUUAUUGUUUGUGUGCUUGCAUUUGUGUUGUAUCUUUCUCUUUGACAAGGCCCUUAGGAAAGCAAUACUUUUGAUUUGUGUUUUUUCUGUGGAUAUAAUUUGUGGAACACCGCAAGGAAUAGUUCUUGCAAGGAAUGAAAAUGAUUUGCUUUUACUUUUUUUUCUUCUUUUUUUUUCUUUUGCUUGACAGUGGAAGUCUUUGCCAGUCUAUUUAAGAUUUAACUCUGCCUUAAAUGAACUCUACAAAUGACUGUUCAGGGAACAAGUGAAACCACUAUGCACCAUUCGAUGGUAAAGAAAUCCUGGAGAUAUCACAAUGAGCAUUAGUCUCCAUGAUUUAGGCUUCCGCUUGAUGACAGAUCUGUCCAUCCUCAUUUAAAGCUGCUGAUUCAGUGCUGUAAUCGUUGCAGCAGUGCUUUUCAGGACAAUGCUAGUUAAAUAUGAAAUAUGCUAUGGUUCAUGGUCACUUAAUGCUCUGUCAGUUUCACAGAAAACUGGAGGGAGCAAAUAAAUGUUGAGAAUAAACAUGACAGCAAAUGUGGGCCAGUAAUCUGCUUUGGAAAGAAAGAAAUUUCCCCUUUUCUGCAAUGUAUUUCUAGGGGGAAAUAAUUAACCUCAGAGAUAAUACAUUUUCCAGAUAUUUAUGAAAAUAAUGGUCGACAGUUUUUAGAUUAAAAUGCCCAUGCUCGUAAAUCAAUCAGUGGUUCUUCUAAAAUUACUGUUACAUUGAAUCAAUUCACAAUUGUUGAGAGGCUGAACACAACAUUUUUUUUUAAUAUAUGAAUGUCCAUAUAUUGUAAAAUAGAACAAGUUCCAUAUUUUUGAAAAUUAUUUAACAUAACAGCUGGGAUGCUUUGUGACCUAAUGACAAGAUCUAAGUUUCUGAUCAGACUUUUAAUAAUUUAAAACACCGAAUUUUGACAAUGUAUGACUUUGUAUUCAGAUCACCAAACUCUGUUGAGAUCCACUUAGUGUAAAUAAAUUAUAUAGAAACAAAGAUAUGACAACAUAUAAAAAUUAAUUAUAUAUGCUCUUUAUUUUUUAUUUUUUGUUUAGUGUGAAUGAACUACUGAGUGAGAGACCGACAAAAAGAAAAAAAAAUGGCACCAUUCACGCACUGAAGCUUGGAAAUCUUUUAUUUAUUAUUUUUUAAAAGUUGUAAAUAGCUAUGGUUAUUAUCCUGUGGCAUACAGACAAAAGUGAGGCACAUGCAUACCGCUUACAUGCAUUUGGACAAAAGUUUCCAGAAUACUGAUGUUUAGAUCUGUCAAACUUGAUGUUUUAAGUUCAAUUACAUUCAAACUGUUUUUCCCCAAAACUUUGUAUGACGUGCCAAGUUCAGUGCCUUGUAAAUAAAUGUUAUGCUGUUACGAAAUUAUCCUCAGAAAGCACACAUAUGUCGCUAUGAUCUCUGUGAAAGUAUGUGUCAUCUGGAAAGCACUGUAUUUUAUUUUAAAUCUUAUUUGUGUCAAAUCUUUAAAAGUAGCAAAUAUACGUUUUGUUAAUUUUUGAACAAAUGUUGCGAAAACGUAUGGUGGACGAUUCAACUAGUAAUGUUUUGGUGAUAUAUUGAAGAUAAGCAAAUGCUCAACUAUAAAUAUACAUCCACAAAAAUAUGAAAAAGUCAAACAUGAGAGCACUACAAAAUAAAAUAGUUGUAUUAUUAUUUUGUCUAAAAAUAUCGAAACAUCCAUAAAUCAAGAUACAAACUUGUGCAAAUUUGCAUACAAUCUAAAGUAAAAAUGUUUAUAUAAUGCCUGCCAAAAAUGCUGAUAUUCCAUACUGAGUGAUAAAAAUAAUUCAGAUAAUAAUUUGAUGCGAAAUUUAAAUAGAAAAUCAAGGGGUGUACGAGUACAUGGGAAAUAAUUCUGUCAGAGAAGGGAUUCAUUUUUGGUAACACUUUACUUAAAGCCUUUACGUAUAAUGCAUUAUACAGUAAAAGCAUUUUUACAUCUGAAAUUCAUUUGUUUGCACCCUAUAAUGCAUUGUAUGGACUCAUUAAUAAGUGUUACCACAGUCAUAAUACAUUAUAAUCCAUGAAAAACACAUAUAACGGAUUAUAAUGUACUUUAUGAAUACCUUAAAAUGCAUUAUACAUAAAGGCUUUUAAAAAAAAAUCUGUUACCCAUUUUUUAUUUUGUUUAAUCUAAUGAGCUGAAUUCCAAGUAGUUGAUGUGGAGAAAUGCAAAUUAAAGAAUGCUUGGAAACACAAACACCUUAGCACAUUACAUGGAAACCAGCAAUGACAUACUUAUGGGACGCAAUUCUCCUCAGAUGCCAGUUCACGUCACAGCUCAAUAAGUAUUUUGACCAACAAUGUAGAUAUCAUAUAUAGUUGCAUUUUUGGCAUGCUGCAUGUUCUCCGUAAUCAGUAAUCUUUUUUUCAAUGACAGAAGGCUUUUUUUAGAUUUUCCUUUUUUUACUUUUUUUGUUGUUGUUGUCUUGGUUCCUUAAUCUUACUUUCCAAUGCAACCUGUAUAAAAUGUAUUUGGUAGGGGGAAAAGGACACAGAGACAAUAUGUAACUUAUUUUUUAAAUGUUUUAUGAGCAUGUGUUAUUUGUACAUUUUGUAAAGUUCAAGAUGAUUUUCUAUAUAUUUUUUUUUCUUUGUCUUGCAUUUGGCCUAUAAUUGGGUAUUUGCUUUUUGGGGUUGAGGUAUAUGUUUUCCCCUCUCAGUGUAAUUGUUCCUGAUGGUCAAAAUAAAUAAUUCCCCCAAGAUAAAGACAAAUGCCAACACUCUAAAUUUUAAUUUUGCCUUUAUGUCUGAAACUUUUCCUUAUUCUAUUAUAAGGAAUGCAUACCAAAGAGUAAGAAUAUUAGCAUGUAAUAAUACUAAACUUCAACACCCACAGUAAGACUAUAUAUAUCCCAGUUAACUGUAGCAAUCUCAUUCUUUGUAGCAAAACGGUAAUACUGAACAAUUUUAUAGUACUAUAUUGAUUAUUAAAUCAAAUAAACAUAACGUUAAGAACCAGCAAGUGAGUUCAUUGUUUAGACUUGCAUUCAUUAAGAGUGGAUCACAGACACUUAGAAUUUGACCAAUGCUAUUUUUUUCUCUCUCUUAAAUUCUAAUGGCCUGGUCACUAUUCUGAUAUUUGUCAGGGUUUGUGCAAUGCUGCAACUAUUAAAAUGCAUUAUUUUUCUUUUAAGAGCAGAGAUUUUUCAGUAGUUUGUCUUUGUCCACUUUUUCUUGUCUUAUUGGAAACUAAUUUCCUCUAAAUUAUUUUCCUCUACCUCAUGUGUAUAGCUUGUAGGUAUAAACUGAUCAUGAAUGACUGGUAAGAAUGUAUUUAAGUUAUUUAACAUCUUUGUAUAACAAAGGCAAGAAAAUCUGAAAAUAAUAAAAGAUUUUUUUUAAAGAA